CCACUAUAUUGUACGACGUAGUUGCAUCCAAUAAUAUUCGUCCAGGUGUCUAACCCCACCAAGCAUGAAACGACAUCGCAUAACCAGAACAUUCAUCAACGAAGGCGGAAGGACACAACCGACUUCGGUAAUUCAUCACAUCAGAAGAACCUGAAGGUCUGGAAACUAUAAAAUUGGGGAAUCCGAAUAAUGGGAUCCGGUUUGAUUGAGAGAAUGAGAGGAAUGAUCAGGUGCGGUGCUCUGUUGGUGCUCCUCCUUUUGAGCACGGUGAGCCACAUCUCGGCGCUGUCGGUGACGGUGAACGACGUUGAGUGCAUAUACGAAUAUGUGUUGUACGAAGGCGACACGGUUUCCGGGAAUUUCGUCGUCGUAGAUCAUGAUAUCUUCUGGGGCUCCGAUCAUCCUGGCAUUGAUUUUACUGUGACAUCUCCUGCAGGUAAUAAUGUACACACAUUGAAAGGAACAUCUGGGGAUAAAUUCGAGUUUAAGGCUCCUAGAAGUGGAAUGUACAAAUUCUGUUUCCAUAAUCCUUAUUCCACACCAGAAACAGUCUCUUUCCACAUUCAUGUCGGCCAUAUACCCACUGAACAUGACCUGGCGAAGGAUGAGCAUUUGGACCCCAUUAAUGUAAAAAUUGCUGAAUUGAGGGAGGCGCUGGAAUCUGUUACUUCUGAGCAGAAGUACUUGAAAGCACGUGAUGCUCGUCACCGUCGUACAAGUCAGUUGGGUACAACCGCGUUUGACGAAAUUGCCCUCCAAGAAAGGAUGGGAUUAGGAUUAGAUGUGAAAGGAAGUUGGGCAAGGACAGGGAGGGAGAUCAAGGAUGUUCAUGGUUUAUGGGAUUUUCUGCCACUGGAUAAAUCUCUCCUCUUUGUCAUAACAGGAUUGGAUCUUUUGUAUCAGAGAGCCUGA